CUUGUUAACAAUGAAAGGAGCUCAUUUGCCUAUUGCUAGUCUUGCCAUCUUUGCAUUGGCAACCUUCCUUGUCUCUGCCCAAGACCCCAGUCCUCUACAGGACUUCUGCGUAGCAAUCAAUAGCACCGAUGUUGUUCGAUCAGGAUUGUUUGUGAAUGGGAGGUUCUGCCAGGACCCAAAGCUUGCCAAAGCAGAAGAUUUCUUCUUCUCCGGGCUCCAAAUUCCGAGACCGACGGAAAAUGCGGUUGGUUCAACCGUGACAGCGGUAAACGUGGACCAAAUCCCCGGAUUGAACACUCUUGGGAUAUCCCUAGCUCGUAUAGACUAUGCACCACACGGAGGUCUAAACCCUCCUCACACUCACCCUCGUGCUUCAGAGAUCCUCGUAGUGUUGGAAGGCACUCUCUACGUUGGCUUCGUUACAUCCAAUCCCGAUAACAGGUUGAUCAGCAAGGUCUUGUACAAGGGAGAUGUAUUUGUCUUCCCAGUUGGUCUCAUUCACUUCCAACUCAACAUUGGACACGACAAUGCCGUAGCACUUGCUGGUCUUAGCAGCCAGAACCCUGGAGUCAUCACCAUAGCCAAUGCAGUUUUCGGGGCCGAUCCUCCCAUCAAUCCUGAUGUUCUAAGCAGAGCGUUCCAAAUUGACGAAAAACUCGUUGAGCAUCUCCAGAAACUGUUCUGGUACAACAACAAUAAUUAA